CUUUCUUCCUUUCUGAGGUACAGAGAGAUUCCUCUUCAUAAUACCUAUUCUUCAUUCUGUGUUCUCUCAGCACAUCCCUUGCUGUGCAUCUCUACGAAGGUCACAGCUUUUCUUCAUAAAACCACCUCGAAACGAACGAAAAACAGAUUUAGAGGUCAACAUACGCGGUCUUGGAGAUCGAAAAUCUGGAGAAUUCUAAAAGGAAUUAUGGGAAACUUAUUGGAUUCAAGCUAGAGAUAUGGAAGCGGAAAUCCAUUUUUCUAUUGGUCCUUCCAUGUGCUCUGCUUUAAAAAUCCCAUCUUUCGGUUUCGAUUUCGUCCUCGUAUCUAAGUUUGCAUGAACGCUGAAGGAAAUUGUAGAUUUUCGCGAUUUGGUUGCUAGGUGGAGACAAUUUGAGUUCGAGACAAAGGGAGAGAAAUGGAGAAGUACGAGCUUGUGAGAGAUAUUGGAUCUGGGAAUUUUGGUGUGGCGAGGCUUAUGAGGAACAAGGAGACAAAAGAGCUCGUCGCCAUGAAAUACAUCGAGCGUGGUCACAAGAUCGAUGAGAAUGUGGCCAGAGAGAUUAUCAAUCACAGAUCACUUCGACACCCAAAUAUAAUCCGAUUUAAGGAGGUUGUUUUAACCCCUACCCAUCUCGCUAUUGUCAUGGAGUACGCCGCUGGUGGUGAGCUUUUUGAACGUAUCUGCAACGCCGGAAGGUUUAGUGAAGACGAGGCGAGAUAUUUCUUCCAGCAGCUUAUCUCAGGCGUUAGUUACUGUCAUUCCAUGCAAAUUUGUCACAGAGAUUUGAAGCUGGAGAACACACUAUUGGAUGGAAGCCCGGCACCACGCCUGAAAAUCUGCGAUUUCGGUUACUCAAAGUCGUCUCUUCUGCAUUCAAGGCCUAAAUCGACGGUUGGAACUCCGGCAUACAUCGCACCGGAGGUACUUUCCCGGCGAGAGUAUGAUGGCAAGUUGGCAGAUGUCUGGUCAUGUGGUGUGACUCUUUAUGUCAUGCUUGUUGGCGCAUACCCCUUUGAAGACCAAGAAGACCCUAAAAAUUUCAGAAAAACCAUAGGACGAAUAAUGGCUGUUCAGUACAAAAUUCCCGAUUAUGUUCACAUAUCUCAAGAUUGCAGGCAUCUUCUUUCUCGCAUAUUUGUUGCAAAUCCUGCACGGCGAAUUACCAUUAAAGAAAUUAAGAAUCACCCAUGGUUCUUAAAGAACUUGCCAAGGGAGCUAACAGAGACAGCUCAAGCCGUGUACUAUCAGAGAAACAACCCAACUUAUUCUCUUCAGAGUGUGGAGGAAAUAAUGAAAAUUGUGGGAGAAGCAAGAACCCCACCACCAGCAUCUAGGUCAAUUGGGGGAUUUGGAUGGGGUGGAGAUGAAGAUGAGGAAGAUGACAAGGAAGGAGAUGAAGAAGAUGCAGAUGAAGAGGACGAGGAUGAGUAUGAUAAGAGGGUCAAGGAAGCCCAUGCAAGCGGUGAAUUUCACGUCAGCUAAGGAUGAUUCUCCUUUCUCUGUCCUGAGAAAAUUUUAAUUUAAUUUUGGGUUUCCAUAGACUGUAGGAUGUUUUGGACUUGUAUAAAGUUCUAUGCUACUGCUUUGAACUCAGGGUCUAAAUGAUCAUAAACUUCAGUGUUGUCCAACAACAGGUGUAUGUAUUUAACAUAAAAUGUUUGUGUGUAGAGCAUAUUGUCUAGAGAAACUUGUUCCUUUUAUUAAUGUUAAUGGGAGGUGUGAAGAAUUGCAUUAGGUUUGAAGUUUCUA